AUGCCGAGCCAUGUGAAGUUUAUGAAAGACAUCCUGUCAAACAAGAGGAAACUUGAGGAUUAUGAAACAUUUGCACUUACUAAAGAGUGCAGUGCCAUCUUGCAAAGGAAGUUACCUCAGGAGCUCAAAGAUCCGGGGAGUUUUACCAUCCAUUGUUAUAUUAGAAAUUCUAUUUUUAAAAAGGCACUAUGCGAUUUAGGUGUAAGCAUUAACUUAAUGCCUUUGUCAAUUUUCAAAAAACUUGGGCUAGGAGAAGCAAGACUAACCACGGUCUCAUUACAAUUGGCCGAUCGCUCCAUCAAACACCCGAGAGGAAUUAUUGAAGAUGUACUCGUCAAGGUUGAUAAGUUUUUAUUUCCGGCCGAUUUUAUUAUCUUGGAUAUAGAAGAAGAGGAGGAAAUCCCCAUUAUACUUGGGAGACCAUUUUUAGCAACCGGUCGGGCUCUCAUUGAUGUUCAAAAGGGUGAACUUCGCCUAAGAGUACAAGAGGAGAAUGUGAUUUUCAAUGUAUUUAAUGCUCUUAAAUACCCGCAAGCGAGGGAUAGUUGUUUUCGAAUUGAAACAAUUAACACCAUGGUCACUGAGCAUCUUGGCCAACCUCAAGAGCCUUUGGAAGCUUGUCUAAUUUAUCCGGAAGCUACUGCAAUAGAAGAUAGAUCAUGA